GCUGAACAUGGACUCGGAACUCGACGCGGCGUCGGCCUUCCUCGCCUCGUACCUCCAGCAGGGCAACGGCACCUUCUCUGCCAAGCUCGCCGCCGUCCUCGCCCAACGGUACGACGGCCACUGGCACUCGUCCGACCCCGAGCGCGGCUCGGCCUUCCGCGCCCUCAUCCGCACCCCGGCCUCGCUCGACGCCUCCCUCGUGGUCGCCGCCGCCGGCGCCGGCAUCUCGGUCGACGAGCUCGAGCGCGCCCUCACCGCCGCCGACCACAAGGUGCACCUCGGCAGCCGGUGGACGCUCUGGGUCGACCCGGGCUGCGUCUCGCUCCGCGUCGAGCGCGGCGAGGGCGGCGUCGGCCGCGACGGCCAGUUCAUCGAGAUCUACGGCAAGCUGCCCGACGCGCUGCGCAACUACGCCGUCCCGCUCGCGACCGUCGAGGCGGCCGCCGCCGCAGCAGCAGCAGCAGCAGCCGCGAGCGCUGCGGCCAAGCUGCUCGCGCCGCCCGUCGAGGCCGCCGCGCCGUCGUCGCCGGUCAAGCGCUCGAGGGCCAUCCAGAUCAUGGCGCCGCCGAGCGGGCGAGGUGCGCUGCAGGCGAUGACCAACGCGGCCCUCCAGCCCGACUCGCCGCUCCGCACGGGCGGUCCUCGGCAAGGCGCCCUUCUCGCAUCGCCCCACAUCAUCCCGCCCACCCCUGUUCGCCCUCUGCCCGCCGCCGAGGCCGACGUCUUCUCGCCGACGCCGGCCGGCGGCCUCCUCGGCCCGCCGCGGUCGCCCUCGCCGGGCAGCGGCAGCUCGACCUCGACGGGCAGCAAGUCGCACUCGCUCUCGCCGUCGACCUACCGCCCGUCGUCGCCUCUCGGCCUCCCCACGGCGCGCCGAUCGUCGUCGCGCGCGUCGUCCAUCUCGUCCCUGUCGGCCGACUCGUCCGACGGCGAGACGUCGUGCACCGACUCGCUCUUCUCGGCAUCGGGCGACAGCUCGGCGUCGGUCGCGUCGUCGAUCCACGCCGCACAGCAGGCCAUGUGGAAGGGCCUCGACGCCAAGUCGCGCGACCUCGUCGACGCCGACGGCUUCCGCAUCCCUGCCCUCCCCCGCACCCAUGCGCACUCGCGCGGCUCGUCCAUGUCGUCCCUCGCCCCGCCGCAGUCGCCCUCGUCGGCCACCAUGAGCCCGUCGUCGUCGUCGACCGCUGGCGGCCGGUCCCUCCCCGGCUCGCCGACGAAGCCUCGGCGCCGCGGCGUCCGAGGCGGCCAGUCGCACCGGUCCGAGUCGAGCCACUCGCACCACUCGUCGAUCUCGUCCAUCACGUCGCUCGGCUCGACCGCCGUCCCGUCGACGCCGUCGCAGGGCGGCAACGCCGAGCUCGCCCCGUCGCCGGCGACGACCCCAUCGGGCCGUACCCGCACCGAGACGUCCUCGUCGGCCCAGACCGCGACCGAGUACUCGAACGGCCUCGUCAAGGUCCUCGGCGGCGGCGUCCUGCUCGGCUGCGCCAAGGGCACGACCGGCGCGCGCACGCCCGGCUCGGUCGGCGGCACCACCGGCGAGGAGGGCUCGCGCCGACGCCGUCGUGAGCGCGGCCGCGGUGGGCGUGGCGGCGGCGGCGCCAACGCGCACGGCCUCGGCGGCGACCGCAGCGGCGCGACGAGCCCCGCGUACGGCGGCUACCCGAACAUGCCGGCGAGCCCCGUGUGGGCGCCUGUCGGCGUCAACCCGUACGCGCACCUCCCGCAGGCCUACUACGGCCACUCGCCGAUGCAGGCCUGAGCGUGCUCGGCACUACGGCGAGGCGGUCCGCCCUCGAUUUGCCCUUCCCUUUCCCCUCCUU